GCGCCGGGCCGUGGGGGAUGGGCGGGCGCAGUUUUCCGCCCCUUGGUCUCCGGGUAACAGCUGUGGCUUCGCGGGAUCCACCUCCGGGGGCGGGGGUAGGGGAGGCCCGCGCAGCUCUGGGGCUCGUCUCAGCCCAGAUCAGCGCAGCGCAGCGCAACGCCACUCGGCUCCGCUGAACUCCGCUCAGUCCCGCGCUGUGCAGCCCGGCGCUGCAGAAGAAUCAGAACGCAGUCCAGCCGGCCUAGGUGACUUGAUCCAUACUGGCCAUGCUGCUGUUUGCCUGCUUUGCGUGCUCUACCAGGUGACCAUGCUUAUCCUUGGCUCAGCCCUUCUCCAGCUGCUCUGGGCUGUGUGUGCUCCAGCCUCUGAGAUGCAACAGACCACUCUUGCCUCCUUCACCCCAAAUAGCACUCGUCUCCAGCAUCUGGUCAGAGACCCAACCUCAGGGACCCUCUAUUUGGGGGCCACCAACUUCUUGUUCCAACUGAGUUCAGAGCUAAAGCUGGAAGCAGCUGUGUCCACAGGGCCUGUCCUGGACAGCAGGGACUGUCUGCCCCCUGUGUUGCCUCUUGAGUGCCCACAGGCCCAACCCACAGACAACCCCAACCAGCUGUUGUUGGUGAGCCCUGGUGGGCCUGGUAGGGACGAGGGGGCCUUAGUGGUGUGUGGGAGUGCACACCAAGGGGUAUGUGAACAGCGACGCCUGGACCAUAUCGGGCAGCUCUUGCUUCGUCCAGAGCGCCCAGGGGAUACUCAGUAUGUGGCAGCCAAUGAUCCAGCCAUCAGCACAGUGGGGCUGGUGGGACAGGGUCCCACUGGGGAGCCUCUCUUGUUUGUAGGCCGGGGUUAUACCAGCCGGGGCGUGGGAGGGGGCAUCCCUCCCAUCACAACCCGUGCCUUGCGUCCCCCUGAUCCACAGGCUGCAUUCUCCUAUGAGGAGACAGCCAAGCUAGCUGUGGGCCGGCUCUCCGAGUACAGCCACCACUUUGUGGCUGCCUUUGCCCGUCGCACCAGCGUCUACUUCCUGUUCUUGCGUCGAGACCUCCAGGCCCAAUCCCGAGCCUUCCGCCCAUACUUGUCUCGCGUCUGCCUGAGUGAUCAGCAUUAUUACUCCUACGUAGAGCUUCCGCUGUCUUGUGGAGGGACACCUUAUGGACUGGUGCAGGCAGCAGCUGUCGCCGUUCCUGGGACAGGGUCCCAGGGAGAUGGUGGAGAGGUGCUGUUUGCUGCUUUUUCUUCGGUCAACCCUUCCGCCACCGGCCGUGCCCCUGCCGCUGGGGCUUCUGGGGCCUCCGCUCUCUGUGCUUUCCCGUUAGAUAAGGUUGACCAGUUGGCCAACCGAACUCGAGAUGCUUGCUAUACACGGGAUGGCCGAGCAGAGGACGGAACCGAGAUCGCCUACAUCGAAUAUGACGUCAACUCCAACUGCGCCCAGCUGCCUGUGGACACACUGGAUGCCUACCCCUGUGGGUCAGACCACACACCCAGUCCAAUGGCCAGCCGAGUUCCUUUAGAGGCCACACCCUUGGUGGAGUGGGCAGAUGUCCAGUUAACAGCUGUGGCAGUCAGUGUGGAAGAUGGACACACCAUUGCCUUCCUGGGAGAUAGCCAAGGACAGCUGCACAAGGUUUACUUGGGCCCAGAAGGUGACCAUCGUCCUUAUGCAACUCAGCUCAUCCAGAGGGACUCAGCCGUGAGCAGUGAUCUGAUCUUUGACUGGGCCCUGGAGCAUCUAUAUGUUAUGACCCAGAGCACAGUAGUGAGGGUCCCAGUGGCCUCCUGCUCUCAGCAUUUGAACUGUACAUCAUGUCUGGCCCCCAAGGACCCCUACUGUGGAUGGUGUGUUCUUCUUGGACGGUGUAGCCGUCGUGCUGAGUGCUCUCGGGGCCGGGGCCCAGAGCCCUGGCUAUGGAGCUUCAGUAGCGAGCCCAAGUGUUUGCAGAUCCAGGAUGUGAGUCCUGCCAAUGUCAGCAGGGAAGAGAAGAGAAAUAUAUUCCUGUCAAUCUCAGAUUUGCCUGUCCUGCGACCAGAUGAGUCGUACUCAUGUUAUUUUGAAGAUUAUGAGAGCCCAGCGGUUCGGACUGAUGCUGGUGUGAUGUGUCCCUCCCCAGAUCCCAGUCGGACCCCUGCCCUGCAGAUGGAUGCUGAUCAUGUCUUGGUGCCUUUGUUACUGAAGUUUGGGGACGUCGUCAUUGCAUCCACAGAGUUCUCAUUCUAUGACUGUGCUGCUGUGGCUAUGCUUCAUUUGUCUACACCAUGCCAGGCCUGUGUGCAGAGCACUUGGGGGUGCAGCUGGUGUGUCUGGCAGCAUCUGUGUACCCAUAAGACAACUUGUGAAGGAGGGCCCAUUGUGUAUAGCCAAAGGCCGCCAUUAUCGGCCUCCUGGCCACUCCUCUCUUCGGUGGCUCCUACAGGAGAUGUUCACACUUUUCUCCCUUCUGUGCCCCCCAAAUCCUCUGUUACUCCUGUUCCUAAGCUUCCCCCGACAGAGCCUGGCACUCCCCUUGUGGCUCUCAGUUCCCCCUCCACAGAUACUAUGCCCCCCCCAACAGAAGAGGCACCCAGGACACCCCCUCCGGAGCUUGGGAUUCCCCUCACAGUCCCCAUGCCCACCACCAUAGCCCCUCCAACCACAGAGGCCUUUGCCUUUAUGCCCAGCACUGUUGGGUCAAAGGUGACUCUUAGUCCAGCCCUGGAGAUAGCUCCAACUGAGGAGCCCAGCCACCUCCCCAGUAUCUCUGUGGAUUCCGGGAGCAUGGAGGGUGUGGGUGACAUUGUCACCCUAGUGGAUGUGCCUGGAGCAGUGACCGAACUUGAGGACCUGUUGCCCCCUGCCCCUUCACCCUCUCCUUUAGGAGAUACGGCAGUUCUGACCUCUUCAUCUUGGGACCUUGGUACCCUGGCCCUUUCCUCCUCUCCUCACUGGGAUCAGGCUCCCAGCGCUGGCCCCUCCACCACUUUCCCAGGGGUUGCUGGCUCCGAGGAGCAUGCCCCUGACUGGCUGCUCACAGAGGACGAGCUGCCUGAGGCGGACGAGUGGACAGGGAGUGACGCAUCGCCCUUCUCCACUUCCACCCUCCUCUCAGGUGACGGAGACUCAUCGGAAUUCGAGGGCCCCAACGCCCCCCACAUCCUCCUCCCUGACCUCGACUACCAGUAUGACUCCCCCGGGCUCUGGGAGCUGGAAGAAGUAAUAAACCAGGGUCCUGCUGCAUGUCCCUGUGUGGAGGGUAUUGAGGGCUCUUCCUUGCUGCCUGUUCAGAUAGGACGAGAACUGACCCUCCUAGGAAGGAAUUUUCACUUGUACCAGGAUGGACUAGGGGACUAUGAAUGCGUGCUAGAGCUGGAGGGCAACAUGGAGGUGACAGAGGCCAGAGUGGAGUGUGACGGGGUCUCAGGCACACUCUGUCGAAUCAUCUGCCAGUUGCACCAGCUUAGCUAUGAAGCCCCACAGCCUGAGUUCCAUGUGCCUGUGUUCUUGCGGAAGUCAGGAAGGCUUCGCGUGGACAGCGCUGAAGGGCUUCAUGUGACAUUGUAUGACUGCUCUGUGGGUCGCCCAGACUGCAGCCUGUGCCGUACAGCCGAUCCUCGGUAUAGCUGUGUGUGGUGUGAUGGGGAUCGUCCACACUGUGCAGCCCGUGAAGCCUGUGCUGAGACUGAGGCAGCUCUGUGCCCUGCUCCCCUCAUCCACAUGGUGGAGCCACUGACUGGGCCUGUGGAUGGGGGCACCCGAAUUACCAUUCGAGGAUCCAACCUGGGCCAGAAGCAUCAAGACAUUGCUGAGACAGUCACUGUGGCUGGAGUGCCUUGUGCUGUGGAUGCCCAGGAGUAUGAAGUUUCAAGCAGCAUUGUCUGUGUCACUGGUGGCAGUGGGGAGGAGAAGGUGGGUCAUGUGACUGUGGAAGUUCCUGGUGGAGGACAUGGCAUCUCUGAUCACAAAUUUGCCUAUCAGGAUCCCGAGGUGAGGUCUAUCUUUCCUGUUCGAGGUCCCAAGGCUGGGGGUACCUGUCUGACUCUGCAGGGUUCCAAGCUGCUAACUGGACGACUGGAGGACAUCCGAGUAUUGGUCGGUGACCAUCCCUGUCAACUCUUCUCAGUGGCCCAGAUGGAACAGCUCCAGUGCCAAACGAGUCCUAGUCCUGUGCCUGCAGCACUGCAGGUGGCUGUGUGGUUUGGGGGUGUGGGUAGGCAGCUGCAACAGGGUCUCUUCCAGUACACACCAGACCCCAACAUAACCUCUGCUGGUCCUGCCAAGAGCUUUGUCAGUGGAGGGCGUGUAAUCUGGGUGCAUGGGCAGAACUUGGAUGUGGUGCAGACGCCAAGAAUCCGGGUCACCGUAUCAACUCAAGAGCAGCAUCAGCGUCAGCGACGAGGGCUGGGGCGAAGACGCCGAAUUGUCCCAGAGACUGUAACUGAAUGUCCCCCAGAUGUCCCAUGCAGCACACAGCACUUUGAGGAGCCAUGCCAUAUCAACUCCUCCCAUCUGCUUGUGUGCCGUACACCAGCCAUACCUGGGCUCCUGGGUGGUACAUGGGUCCAGCUGGAGUUUGUCCUCGACAAUCUACUUUUUGACUUUGCUACCCUGCAUCCUACACGCUUCUCUUAUGAGGCCAACCCCAUCCUGAAGCCUCUCAAUAUGGAGGACCCCUCCUCACCAUUCCGACACAAGCCUGGAAGUGUGCUGUCUGUGGAGGGGGAGAAUCUGGAUCUAGCAAUCUCUAAGGAAGAGGUGGUUGCCAUGAUUGGUGAUGGUCCUUGCCUAGUGAAGACCUUGACUCGGAACCACUUGUAUUGUGAACCUCCAGUGGAGCAACCCCCUCCUAGACACCGGGAAGGACUGAAUUCCCUCCCUGAAUUUACAGUACAAAUGGGCAACCUGAACUUUACACUUGGCCGAGUGCAAUAUGACAUCGAGAGUCCCCUUGCCUUCCCUGUAGGAGCCCAGGUUGGACUGGGUGUGGGUGCCUCUCUCCUUGCACUUGGUGUCCUCAUCAUCGUCUUCAUCUAUAGGAGGAAGAGCAAACAGGCCCUCAGGGACUAUAAGAAAGUGCAAAUCCAGUUGGAGAAUCUAGAAACCAGUGUUCGGGAUCGCUGUAAGAAAGAGUUUACAGACUUGAUGACAGAGAUGACAGAUUUGACCAGUGAUUUGGUGGGCAGUGGGAUCCCAUUUUUGGACUACAAGUCAUAUGCAGAGCGUGUCUUUUUUCCUGGACACCGGGAGUCACCUUUGCACAGAGACUUGGGGGUACCUGAGAGUCGAAGGCCAACAGUGGAGCAGGGACUGGGGCAGUUGUCCAAUCUCCUCAACAGUAAACUCUUUCUUACCAAGUUCAUCCACACACUUGAGAGUCAGCGUACUUUCUCACCCCGAGACCGUGCUUAUGUGGCAUCUCUGCUUACUGUGGCAUUGCAUGGGAAGCUGGAGUAUUUCACUGACAUUCUUCGGACAUUACUCAGUGACCUGGUGGCCCAAUAUGUGGCCAAGAACCCCAAGUUGAUGCUGCGGAGGACUGAGACUGUGGUCGAGAAGUUGCUCACUAAUUGGAUGUCCAUUUGCCUCUACACCUUUGUACGGGACUCAGUGGGCGAGCCCCUCUACAUGCUCUUUCGAGGGAUCAAGCACCAAGUGGAUAAAGGGCCUGUGGACAGUGUGACUGGCAAGGCCAAAUACACAUUGAAUGAUAACCGUCUGCUUCGAGAGGAUUUAGAAUACCGUCCUCUGACAUUAAAUGCAGUAGCAGUGCCUGGCGUUGGGUUGGCAGAGGCUCCAGGAGUUCCUGUGAAGGUCUUAGACUGCGACACCAUUUCACAGGCCAAGGAGAAGAUUCUGGAUCAGCUGUACAAGGGGGCACCCCUUGCCCAGCGGCCAGACCCUGGUGCCUUGGAUGUUGAAUGGCGGUCAGGGGUGGCUGGUCACCUCAUCCUGUCUGAUGAGGAUGUCACCUCUGUGGUCCAGGGUGCCUGGAGGCGGCUGAACACCUUGCAGCAUUAUAAGGUGCCUGAUGGAGCAACUGUGGCCUUGGUCCCCCGCUUCAGCAAACACAUUCCCCGGGAAAACCAAGAUUAUGUCCCUGGAGAGAAAACCCCAAUGUUGGAAGACAUGGAUGAGGGAGGCAUCCGUCCAUGGCACCUAGUGAAACCCAGCGAGGAACCAGAACCACCCAGGCAAAGGAGGGGAAGCCUUCGGGGUGGAGAUCGGGAAAGAGCCAAAGCCAUCCCUGAGAUCUACUUGACCCGCCUGUUAUCCAUGAAGGGCACGCUGCAGACAUUCGUGGAUGACUUAUUCCAGGUGAUCCUUAGUACGAGCCGCCCAGUGCCCCUAGCCAUCAAGUAUUUCUUUGACUUGCUGGAUGAUCAGGCACAGCAACAUGGUAUCUCAGACCAGGACACCAUCCACAUCUGGAAGACCAAUAGUCUGCCCCUGAGAUUCUGGAUCAACAUCAUCAAGAAUCCUCAGUUUGUUUUUGAUGUCCAGACGUCAGACAACAUGGAUGCUGUGCUCCUUGUCAUUGCCCAGACCUUCAUGGAUGCCUGCACUCUUGCUGAUCACAAGUUGGGCCGGGUGAGCCAGAGGCUUAGGGCAGCAUAAAGUCGGGGGUCAGGGAUGGAGGUCAAGCAAUGGCAGCAGUGACUUGGGGAAGAAAUGGCAGAGACAAGAGAGAGAAUCUUUGGAGGUGGGGUGGAGUAGGUGAGUGGAGGAAGAAAAUGAGGAGGAGGCAUCCUAAGGAACAGAGAAGUAGCAUGGAUUUGGGGUUGGAAAUGAGAUAUACGAAGGGGGAAACAUGAAAUAAUAGAUAAAAGCCUUAGGGUCAGGAAGCCAAGGGUUCAAGUACCACUUCUGAUAUGUAUUAGUUGUGUGACCUUAGGCAAGUCACUUCAUCUAUUGUCUCAAGCAUCUCAGACUGUUGCAGAGAAAUUGUCAGAUAGUUUUAGGGGAUUUUCACACUGGCAGUUUUCUACACUGGUAAAAUCACAGGUCCAAACUGCCCCCUCCUUCCAAAUGGACUGUGGGAAGAAAAGCAUGGCAUUGGUAGUGAGGGGGAAAUGAGGAUUUGGCAUGGGAUGGAGCUAUGUUGAUCGUAUCUUUCAAAUAGAAACAUUGAGAUAAUAGAAUUUAGAGGUUUAGAGAUGACAUUAGGGAUCACCCAGUCCAAUUCCCUAAUUUUUCAGAUGAGGAAACUUAAGGAAACUUAGAGGUGACUUCUCCUUGGUCCCACAGGAAGAAGGGAGCAGAACUGUCAUUCAAGCACUUAUGUACUUUUCAUCUUAUACAAUUUAAAUCCAUAUUUUUCUUUAAAUUCUCUUUUGAGGAUCUACACGUCAUGCAGAAGACCUUCCUUGGGAUCUCAGUGAAACUUUCAGAGUGAUGUUCACUUCCUUCCUUUUCUGACCUUACUCAUCCUUGGUGAUUCCUAUUAAGCCAUUUUUUCCCCCUUGCAUCCUUUGUAAUACAGCCUACGUAUACCAAUUAUACAGUUUUCCAUUGACCUUUAGGUCACCUGCAAUUGUGAUUCUUUUGAGUUCAUGUUGCUCUAUGUUUAAAACUUUAUAGCAUCAUUGAGGAAAAUAUUGCUAAUGAGAAAGAACCUUUGUGCUAGGGAGACUUUUAGGAUCAUGAAGAUCAUGUCUUGACAGUGUUUAUUCUCUUUAUUCUGUUUGAUUCUGGCCUCAGUUCAUUGUUCAUCUUCAUUGCCUGUCCAAGACAUAGGCAAAGAUGGAUUAAGUCUUUGGGCUGCCUGCUCGAUGGCAGGUCUUUAUCCAGACAAAUGUAUUCCAAAUUCAUAUUAUCAUAUUCUAAGAUACUGUCUGAAGCAGAAAAUCCUCUGUGAAAACCUGGCUCUUCUCACAUUCAUGUCUCAGAUACCCAUGAUUUGUGCAUACAGAACUUUCAUAAAGAUGUGAAAGUAGGCAUAUGGAUCACCGCAUGCUUUCCUGGUCCCCUUUCUUUUGGUAUUGUGCAUGAUUUUUCUCAUUCUUUUGAAUUUUUCCCCUUAAGAUAUCUUUGAGAUCUCUUGAAAAUUGAUGUUUAACUGACCAAUGUGACAAAUUCAACACAUCUUUUUUAAUGUGUAUUUGUUUAGAACAAACUGUUCUUCCUGAAUUCAUAUUUUAAAGUGAUAUUUCUACUUCCUCAUUAUAGCAUCUCAGAUACCAAGGUGGUAGAGUCCAAAUGAUGAGAAUAGAUUCCAAAGAAAUGCAAACAAAUUUGUUCCAUUAUAUGACUUUUUAUUGAUCUUCUAGUUUCAUUUAUAAAUAAUCACAAGAUAAUCUGACUUAAUUAAUUGGUUCUCAUACUAAUUUCAUUAUCCCCUCUACUGCUUUUCAUUGUUCUGUGGGAUAUUGCUUGUAAUGUCAUCCUUUCCACAAUGUGUUACAAUUGGGAUGUAUUCUAAACCAGAAUUAUUCUUGGUGUCAUAUAUCUACUUGGAAUUGAGAUAAAGAAUUUGCUUAAUUAAGGCAAUUUCUAGGCCUUUUGGCCUUCUCUUUGUUGUUACUAUUUUGCAUUCAUUAAGCUUUUCUAAGAAAUUGUGCUGAUCAGAAUCAAUGUCUUUUACUCAUUUCUCAUUUUUUGAGAACCAACAGAUUAGAUUUCAAUUUUUUGGAGGUACACACUGUAUUUUCUUAUCUGUAUCCUUUCUUUUAAUCUGGUGGUGAUUUUUUUCUUUGUAAAGAUAUUUUAUUUUUACCAAUUACAUGUAAUAUGAAUUUCCACAUAAAUUUCUAAAGUUACAUGUUCCAAAUUGCCUUCCUCCUUUUCUUCCCUCCCUCUUCCCAGAGAUAGCAUGCAAUUUCAUCUUGGUUAUACAUAUAUUAUUAUGCAAAACACAUUUCCAUAUUGUUCAUUUUUGUAAGAGAAUAAUCAUAUAAAAUUAAAGCCCCCAAACAAAAACCCAAAUAAACAAGUGAAAAAUCACAUGCUUUGAUCUGUAUUCCAACUUCAACAGUUCUUUCUCUGGAGGUGGAUAGCAUUCUUUGUCAUGAGUUCUUCAGAACUGUCCUGGAUCAUUGUAUUGCUGAGAGUAAUUAAGUCUAUGACAUUUGAUCAUUCCACAACAUUGCUGUUGCUGUGUACAGUGUUUUCCUGGUUCUGCUUAUUUCACUCUGCGUCAGUUCAUGUAGGAUCUUUCCAGUUCUUUCUGAAGUUCUCCUGUUCAUCAUUUCUUAUAGCACAAUAAUAUUCCAUUACAAUCAUAUAUCACAAUUUGUUCAGACAUUUCCCAGUUGAUGGACAUCUCUUCAAUUUCCAAUUCUUUGCCACCACAAAAAGAGCCACUAUAAAUGUUUUUGAAGAUCCCCCUUUUUUUAUCUAUUUGGGAAAUAGACCUACUAUUUUACCAAAUCACAGAUUAUGUAUGCUUUGUUUUAUAGCCCUUUAGGCAUAAUUCUGAAUAGCCCUCCAGAAUGGUUGGAUCAGUUCACAAUUCUGCCAGCAAUGCAUUAGUGUCACAAUUCUGCCACAACCCCUCCAACAUUUAUCAUUUCCCUUUACUGUCAGACUGGCCAAUCUGCUAGGUGUAAGGUGGUACCUCAGAGUUAUUUUAAUUUGCAUUUCUAAUCAAGAGGGCUUUAGAACAUUAUUUCAUAUGAUUACUGAUAGCUCUGAUUUCUUCACCUGAAAGCUACUUAUUCAUAUCCUUUUAUCAUUUGUCAAUUGGGGAAUGACUUGUAUUUUUAUACAUCUGAUGUAGUUCUCCAUAUAUUUGAGAAAUGGAACCAUUAUCAGUAAAAUUUUUUAUAAAUUUUUUCCAGUUUGUUGUUUCUCUUCUAAUGUUGGUUACAUUGUUUUUGUUUGUACAAAAACUUCUUAAUUUAACAUAGUCACAAUUAUUUUUUACAAUUUGUAAUGUUCUCUUUCUCCUGUUUGUUCAUAAAUUCUUCCCUUCUCUAUAGAUCUGACAGGUAAACUAGUUUGUGUUCCCUUAAUUUACUUAUAUCAUUCUUUUUGUCUAACUAAUAUACUCAUUUUGACAUUAUCUUGGUAUAGGGCAUGAGAUAUUUGGUCUAUAUCUAAUUUUUGCUAUACUGUUUUCUAGUUUUCCCAGCAGUUUUUGUCAAAUAGUGAGUUAUCCCAAAAGGGGAACUUUGGGUUUAUCAAACACCUGAUUUCUAAGGCCAUUUACCCCAGUCUAUUCCAUUGAUCCAUCUGGUGGUGAUUUUGACCUUUGUUCUAACCAACAAAUUAAUGAUUUGAUUUUGUACAAUGAGUUGAUUCAGCAAUGACUCUUAUUUUUGGUAACCACUUAUUUUCCCAUCCAUUAAGAUACAAAUCAGAUAACAUAUGUAAAGUUCUUUUCAAACUGAAAAAAAAAUAUAUAUAUAUAACUCUGUUACCUCUUGUUAUUACAUAAUAAAUUUAAUAUUUUGUGAUAUUAUUCAGGGCUUGCUGUGACCAGAGUCUUCUGAUUCACUUCUUGAAUAAAGUAUUCGUGAUAUGUGGGCUUGAACCUUCUGUGUAAUCCACAA